AUGCACAAUAUAUACCGGGGCAAUAUCUACUCGCCCGCAGUCGAACGAAGUGCUAUUUGGAACCUCGUUUUGGAUCUCUGUCACUCGGAGGAGAGACUCCGGAAGGAAGGAUACACCCUGCCAGCCACAAGCACCAACGGGACACAUUCCGCGUCCCACCCGGCAACGAGAAUCAAUCCACCAUGUCCUGACAGGAACCCAUCUGUGCCUAAAUGCGCGGCACUUGUGAUAGACUGCGAGAUGGCCGGAACUGCUAAUGGAGAGAAUGAGCUCGUCCAGGUUACCAUUCUCGACUUCCUGACAGGAAGAGCAUUGCUGAGCCGCCCUGUCAACCCAUCGAGACCCAUCCUUGACUGGCGCGAAAAUUUCACCGGUCUGAAUGCUGCCAGCAUGUCCGACGCCGUCGCGAGGAACGAAGCUCUAGACGGCUGGGAGGCCGCGCAAGCUGCUCUGUGGCGCUUCUGCGACAAAGAGACGAUCAUCAUUGGGCAGUCGCUUCAGAAGGACCUCCAGGUCCUGCACACCUCCCAUUCGAGAAUCAUCGACUCGGCCAUCAUCACUGCCGAUGCCGUGCUGGGGAAGAAGUCAAAGAUUAAGAAAAGGUGGGGCCUGGAGGCGCUCUGCAAGGAGCUCCUGGGCAUCCAGAUCCGUUCUCCGCUCGGGGCGGAUGGCGGAGGCGGGGCUCACCAUGAUGCUUUGGAAGAUGCUCUUGCGGCGAGAGAGGUUGUACUUUUUUGUGCACGGAAGCGAGGUCAGUUGGAGACUUGGGCUCGCAGGACUAAUGUGUCUUUUUGGAGAGGAAAUGGAGACAAGCGGAGCACGCCUCGAGCAGGGAGAGUACAAUCUAGUAAACUUCCCAGACAACCCGCCGUCGUAAGAAGGGACGAGACUGAGGACGAUUAUGAGGACGAAGACGAAGAGCCGUUGAGAUGGGAGGAUGUGGUGGACUGGGAUACCUGGCCGAAGUCGCCUCCAGACUCGGAUUAG